UGGUCGCCAACUUUUGCCCAACGCGACCAUGUCGCGCCCACCAAAUGUCGCCAAACCCAACUCCAAUUGGGAUCCAGUCCUACUUAUAUCUCAAAUUGUCUCUAUGCAAAGCUUGCACUACGUUACCCUAGCAUUGUGUGUUCCACCUUUGCUCAGUCUCUUCGCUGAACCUGGGUCCUUAAAAUACGAGGGCGGCGCCGCCAAUGUUGGAAUGGUAAUGGAUUGGAGGGAAAUGGCGGGUAGGCCGACAGUGCGGGGUAUGCAAGGGGAGGAGCGUUGGAAUUCCUAUACGGGCGUAUGGAGUGGAGGGCGGAAGAUCGGCUCCGGUCUUCGCACUGACCAAUGGGACGGUCGGAUAGAUCCUAUGCGUGGUUGGGUCAUUGCUUUCUGCUGGCUGGUUGCUUGUUCUGCCGAGUACGCCAAUCGACUUGCGCUCCAACUCACCUCAUCUUUAUCUAGCAUAUACUACCUCUUCGUUUUAAUUCGACGACCACGACUCAUCCUCGACUUUGCAUUGACACUGGUGUUUAACCAUCUCGUCCUAACGACCUACUAUUCUGCAUCCCUGCCGACUUCUUUGUUUUUCUGGCUUGUCAUGCUAGCUGGGUCUGCCUUAAUGAUCAUCGUGGCCGAGCAACUUUGUGUUCGACGGGAAAUGAACGAGGGUCUGAAAGUUGCAAUAGUGCACGCCGAUGACGAGGCUGAGGAGAUGGAAAUGGGGUUAUUGCCUCACGAGACUGAACAAACAGCGGGAUAA